GAUGCCCGGGCGGCCCGCAGAGGUCCAUGUGGCGCGCUAGGUGGGAUCCCGGCGUCCUGAAGGCCGAGGCCCUGGCCCUCCUGCCCUGCGGCCUGGGCAUGGCGUUCUCCCAGUCGCACGUGAUGGCCGCCCGGAGGCACCAGCACAGCCGGCUCAUCAUCGAGGUGGACGAGUACAGCUCCAACCCCACCCAGGCCUUCACCUUCUACAACAUCAACCAGGGACGCUUCCAGCCGCCGCACGUGCAGAUGGUGGACCCUGUGCCUCACGAUGCCCCCAAGCCACCCGGCUACACCCGCUUCGUCUGUGUGUCGGACACCCACUCGAGGACCGACCCCAUCCAGAUGCCUUACGGCGACGUGCUCAUCCACGCCGGGGACUUCACGGAGCUGGGGCUCCCCAGCGAGGUCAAGAAGUUCAACGAGUGGCUUGGCAGCCUGCCCUACGAGUACAAGAUCGUGAUUGCCGGCAACCAUGAGCUGACGUUCGACCAGGAAUUCAUGGCUGACCUCAUCAAGCAGGACUUUUACUACUUCCCGUCCGUGUCGAAGCUGAAGCCGGAGAACUACGAGAACGUGCAGUCCCUGCUGACCAACUGUGUCUACCUGCAGGACUCGGAGGUCACCGUGCGGGGCUUCCGCAUCUACGGCUCGCCGUGGCAGCCGUGGUUUUAUGGCUGGGGCUUUAACCUCCCACGAGGCCAAGCACUGCUAGAGAAAUGGAACCUCAUUCCUGAAGGCGUAGACAUCCUGAUAACCCAUGGACCGCCACUAGGCUUCCUGGACUGGGUCCCCAAGAAGAUGCAGCGGGUGGGCUGCGUGGAGCUGCUCAACACGGUGCAGAGGCGCGUCCAGCCGCGGCUUCAUGUCUUUGGCCACAUCCACGAAGGGUACGGUGUCAUGGCAGAUGGGACGACCACCUACGUGAACGCGUCUGUGUGCACCGUGAACUACCAGCCCGUGAAUCCGCCCAUAGUCAUUGACCUCCCCACACCCCGGAACUCCUGACUGCCCCUGCUGUCUCAGCCCUUCCUGCUCACAUCAGCUACACAUGCCUGGCCGAGAGCACAGACCCCCAACCACCCUCCCUUCCAUGCAGACCAGCUGCCUGGCCGUGGGGAGCAGCCCAGCCGAUGGGUUGAGGCCUUGGAAUGAAGAAAAGCUCCCCUGACUCUUCAGCCUCCGUCACCUGGAGUCAGGACCCUGUGGGUCCCUGGCAGGGGUUCUGUGCUCAUUACUGUUUUCUGCGUGUACAUUUCUGCGUGUACCUUGUCAAAGGACCUAACAAGCUUGCGGUCCUGUCCUGCUUGGGAAUUGACGGACUCUUCAUCCUUCUCAGUUGGACCCACUCGUGGGCUUGGGAAGCCGCUGCUCCUGGACACACUUUGGAAGUUCUCGCACAAAAUCUCCCUCUAACCGAGGGUCUGUGUGGCAGCAAGCCCUGGGAUUGGGGGUGUGUGGGAGGUUUUGGAGCCUGGGUGCAAGUGGCACCCGUUCCCGCCCCCCGCCCCCCACCGGGCUUUGGGGAGGAGAUGGGCCUGCUUCACAGAUGAGGCCCUUGAGGGAGCGAUCAGGGACGUCUCAGGAAUUCGGGCCACAAGGCCAACAAGGCCAACAAGCCGUCUGCCUCACCUCGUGACCCCGCUUUCUUCCUGUGGGCAUCUUUGCCAUCUUGAACAGUGGCCUGAGCACCUCAGGUGCUCGCGUGGAGCCUGGACCCGGGAGAGUGGUUCUCUAGAAGGAGCCAUGUGGGUGCCCAGGACCAGAUGGAAGGUUCCCGAGUCACAGCCUCGCGGGUCUGAGCAGCUCUGCAGAACUUGGCAGGCUGGCGGGGCUGCAGACCGAGGCCCCCCUGCCACGUGGUUGUGCCCAUGUGGACGUGCGCGCGUGCUUCCCCUUACUGUCCUCCAGUGGGGUUCCAUUCCUCAGUGCGGUUUCUCGUGCACCAUUUCGGUUCUGUCUGUUGGACCCACAGCCGAAGGGGCUGAGUGGUUCCUGGUCCUUGCCAGUGUGUCCUGUUAACGGGAGGGUGGCCCAGUGGCAGAGCAGGCCCUGGCGCUGGCAGCUUCAUGGAGAGCGCCUUUCCUUUUUUUCCUUUAAAUUAGUACUGGGUUUGGGGAGGUGGGGGGUUGGGCUGAAUCUGUGAGGGCAAGGGAACCAGCAGGGUCUCAUCGGAGCGAGGCCAGGGAGGCGGGAUCGCCCCGUGCAGGGUCCAAUUCUAUCUUUAUUGAAAUUUUUGAUAUUUUGUUCAUCAUGGAUAUUUUUCUGAACCGAAUUUGAUUUUGAAAGACAUGGGGUUAAAGAGCAUCCUUUCUCUCUCUUGCCCAGCUGUUUGGUGGCUCCUUAAAUUGGGCACCUGAGAGGAGGACCUUAUUCACCUCACCCUCAGCCCAGCCCUGGGGCCAGCCCUUACCACGGCCCGUUGCAGAUACAAUCUUGAUUCAUGCCAGGCGGUCCUGCAAGGUCAGCUCUGUUGGCUUGAUUUUAGAGAUGAGGAGAUUGAGAUCAGAGAGGAGACGUCACUUGCCUGAGGAUGCACAGCUCAAAGGGGGCAGAAGCCGGACUUGAGCCUUAGUGUCUGGCUCCAGGGCCUCUGGUUUGCCGGGACUCAAAGCUCCGCCCCUCCGAGGCAAGGCAUGGUCCCAAGUUUCUCUCUCCCUCUCUUUUUUUAAGGGUCCUGUUCAGAGCCUCUCUGGUCCGUGUCUCAGAGAGAGCCCCUGGAGCGCUGAGGGAUCCUGUUCUCUGAGCCCAGCACCCUGGCAUCCCAGGAGGCCACGAUUCCUUCCCUGCUCCCACAGGGGUCCCCAUGGGGCAAGGCUCACUGUCCACGAGGGGAGUCAGCCAGCAGCAGUGCGCUCUGUGGGGUGUGCGACUUCGGGGACUCUGUUUGACCGAGUGGUUCCUGGGUGAGGAUGUUUACAAAGUCUCUGGGGAAGCCCAGAUGCACGGCGUAUGGGCACACGUCGGGUGGAGAAGACACAGGCCCUUUUAGUCACCUCUACCGAAUUUCUAUGCGGACCAAGAACUAUAAACUUAAAUAAAUUUUUUUCCUAAGGUAUCUUCAGAAUAUGGUGUAUUUUUAUGUGGAAAAGAAAAGUUAUGAAGGCAGCUGUUACUUUGAAAGAAAAUUCAUUAAAAGUCCUUGAGGUAUGAAA